GAACACUUACUGAGUAACAACGAUGGCAGCAACUUUCAUUGUUGACUUUGAAAACUUUUUCAUCUUGAUCAUCCUUUGCCUCUUUUCAUUUCUCUGUUACCAUUUCUUCUUCAAGAAACCAAAUGACUCAGAAGGCUGUGAUCUGCCCCCCAGCCCUCCGUCCCUUCCAAUCAUCGGUCAUCUUCACCAUCUCCUCUCUCUUCUACUCCACAAACGUUUACAGAAACUCUCCUCCAAGUACGGACAUAUCCUCUAUCUUCGUGUUUUAAAUGUCCCCAUAGUCCUUGUCUCCUCUGCCUCAAUAGCCUAUGAGAUCUUUAAGGCGCAAGACAUGAACGUUUCCGAUCGCAACCUCCCAACGAACGAAGGGUCUCUUUUCUUUGGAUCUUUCGGCUUCGUUACCGCUCCUUACGAAGAUUACUUUAAAUUCGUAAAGAAGCUCAUCACCACCAAGCUCCUUGGACCUCAGGCUCUCGAGAGGUCACGAGGCGUCCGUGCGGACGAGGUAAAUCAGUUUUACUUGAAUCUUGUAGACAAGGCAAUGAAGAAGGAGAGCGUUGAGAUUGCUAAGGAAGCUAUGAAGCUAAUAAGCAACAACACAUGGAAGAUGCUUAUGGGAAAGGGUUUUUCAGAGCGCGGUGAAGUAGAGAGAGUGAGGGGCUUAGUGGCCCAAACAGAUGUCGUGUCAAAGAAGUUUUUCGUGGCGGCCGUCUUGCGCAAGCCGCUUGCUAAGCUCGGGAUCUCACUUUUCAAAAAGGAUUUAGUAAGUAUCUCAUGCAGGUACGAUGAGUUGUUGGAGAAGAGUCUUGUGGAAUAUGAAGAGGAGCAUAAUCAAAGUAGUGAGAUGUUGGACGUACUAUUGGAAGCUUGUCAAGGUGAAAAAACAGCAGAGUGUAAGAUCACUAGGAACCAUAUCAAGGCCUUGUUCGUGGACUUUUUCGUUGCAGGUACUGUCACCACAACAAACAGUGUACAGUGGACCAUGGCAGAGGUUUUAAACAACCCAAAGAUUCUUGAGAGAUUGAGAGAAGAAAUUGAUUCGGUUAUAGGUAAAACAAGGUUAAUUCAGGAAACAGAUCUACCUAACCUUCCUUAUUUGCAAGCUGUCGUCAAGGAAGCACUGAGAUUGCACCCACCGGCACCUCUUGGGUUAAGGUCCUUCCGAGAAGGAUGUAAGGUCGUAGGCUUUGAUGUAUUGGCGAAAACAACACUUAUUAUUAACUGGUAUGCAAUAAUGAGAGAUCCAGAUGUCUGGGAAUACCCAGAGGAGUGUAGGCCUGAGAGGUUUUUGUCUUCAUCUCAAGAGGACGAGAUAAAAGAGGAAGUCCUAAAAUACAUUCCUUUCGGGAGGGGAAGGAGAGGCUGUCCUGGAUCAAAUCUAGGUUACCUUUCUGUAGGAACCGCAGUUGGCGUCAUGGUGCAGUGUUUUGAUUGGAAAAUCGAAGAAGAUAAGGUCAACAAGGAAGAGGGUCGUGGAACAAUGACGCUGACUAUGGCUCAUCCCCUUAAGUGCACUCCUCUUCUUAGAAAUCCAAACCUUUUACCUUCCAUUCUGUAGAUUUCCACUAUGUGCGUCCCAGGCAAUUAAUGUCUAUGCAUGUCAUCCUUGGUUUAUGGCUACAUGGAAAGAAUAAUUUUAUUCAUGUAUGAUUCUGUCCUUGGAUUUCAGAUAAAAUGAUACGCUAAACUUUGUCUAAAGCUCAAAAACUUCGAGCAUAUGUUUUUGUGUGUGUAGAUAUUAUAACAUUAAUUUUUUUUGUUGGAUGUGUUA